UGUUAUCAAAUCUCAUACCGAAUAUCCACAACAAGGAAUCCGAUUCGUUCGCGCACUGCAGAAGCUCUGUCUUUGCUUAGCUCCACAUUUCCUUGCCGUCGUCGUCCUUCUCGCAGAAAGAAGGUUACUGUUUCACAGGGCCUCUUUCUGCGUCGUUGUCGUCGUCGUCAUGAGCAUCUGAAAGAAACGUAUAUCCUCAGUUUCUUAUUCCUUGUGUUAAUUAAUUACCUUUUCGGUGAGACCUACAGAGGAAGCAAAGAAUUUUGUUGUUUCUCUCUCUAAUUUCUAUUGGUUCUGCGGAUACCCAGAAUUUCAUUUCAUCAUUAAUUCGCGCCAUGACUUUCUUGCGGCUUUUCCUGAUCUUGUCUUUGUUUUCCGUCGCGUUUUCUCUGGAAAAUGUCGAUACCCGCGUCCUACCGAGACCAUUGAUUAUUGAAUACUCGGAGAAUGUUGAAGGCCACUUCAGGAAAAUUAACGAUGAGGUUGGAUUGAGAUGCACGAGUUGGAGAUUUGCCGCGGAGGCCAAUAAUUUGAACCCAUGGAAGUCGAUUCCGCGAGAAUGUGUGGAGUAUGUAAAGGACUACAUGAUGGGUAAGGGCUAUGCUAUUGAUCUAGAAACGGUGUCUAAGGAAGCAGGGGAUUAUGCGAAGAGUGUGAAAUUGAAUGGUGAUGGGAAGGACGUGUGGAUAUUUGACAUUGACGAGACUCUGCUCUCAAAUCUUCCGUAUUAUGCUGCACAUGGAUAUGGGUAUGAGCUUUUUGACCAUAUGGAGUUUGACAGGUGGGUGGAGAUGGCUAUGGCACCUGCAAUAGAACCCAGUUUAAAACUUUAUGAAGACGUUUUGAAUAUGGGUUUUAAGGUUAUAUUGCUGACUGGAAGGAGUGAAGCGCAUAGAAGCGUUACUAUUGAUAACUUAGUCAAUGCUGGGUUUCGAAAUUGGCACGAUCUCAUAUUACGCGGCCCAGAUGAACGUGAGAAACUGGCAAUAACUUACAAGUCAGAGAAGAGGAGUGAGAUGGAGAAAGAAGGAUACAGAAUCCUGGGAAACUCUGGGGACCAAUGGAGUGACCUGUUGGGUUAUUCAUUGUCUGUUCGCUCCUUCAAACUUCCCAAUCCUAUGUACUACAUCCCCUAAAACUUCUAGUCCUUAAUUCCUGUUUAACUGGAUUGUAAAGAUGCAAGUGUAUCAUUGUUCAUGUUAUUUUUAUGGCAUUGAAACCCCUAUACAUAAAAGCACGGUGACUCAGAAUAUUAUGGUUUAGAAUCUUGGAUA